UUGGACCAGGAGUAUGUGCUUGAUUGUCCUAACAUGGCACAAGGCAGAAAAAUAGUAGAUUCGCUGAUGAAGAAUUUAAUGACUUAAUUCCCACAGGGAAAAAACGGGCCCCAACAUGAGGUUAAAGGAACUGCCUGAAGAGGUCAGACAGAAUUCUUGCAAGGCACAGACCUGUCCAAGUUUAAAAAAAAAGUUUUGCUGCACUUAACAUUCCUAAGAGCACAGUGGCCUUCAUAAUCCUUAAAUGGAAGAAAUUUGGGACGACCAGAACCCUACCUAGAGCUGGCUGUCUAGCCAAACUGAGUACAUAGCAGAGAAGAGCCUUGGUGAGAGAGGUAAAGAAGAACCUAAAGAAGCUCUGGCUGAGCUCCAGAGAUGCAGUCGGGAGAUGGGAGAAGGUUCUAGAAAGUCCAUGACUGCACCUCUCCACCAGUAAGGGCUUUAUGCUAGAGCGGCCCAAAGGAAGCCUCUCCUCUGUGCAAGAUACAUGACGUCGUUUGCUUUAAAAAAAAAAAAAAAAAGACGGUGAGAAAUAAGUUUUAUGAAAUUGUGAUAGAACUUUUUGGUCUUAAUUCUAAGGGGUAUGUUUGAAGAAAACCAGGCGCUUCUUAUCACUGUCAAAUGCAGUCCAAUAAGUGAAACAUGUUAGUGGCAGAAUCAUGAUGAGGGUGUUUUUCAGCCGCAGGGACAGAGUGUCUGGUUGCAAUCAAAGGAAAUAUGACUAAAACCAAGUAGAGUACUGAGAAUAUCCUGGAUGAAGUCCUUAUCCAGAGUUCUCGGGACCUUGGACUGGGCCGAAGGUUCACCUUCCAACAAGACAAUGACCCUAACCACACAGCUAAAGUAACAAAUGAGAGGCUUUGGAACAACACUGUGACUUCCUUGAAUGGCUGAGCAAGAGCCCUGACAUAAACCCAAGUGAGGAUCUCUUGACAGACUUGAAAAUGUCUUUCCACCAAUGUUAACCAUCCACCCAGACAGAACCGGAGAGGACCUGCAAGGUGGAACAGGAGAGGAUCUCCAAAUCCAGGCGUGAAAAACUUGUUGCAUCAUUCUCAAAAAGAAUCAUGGCUGUUUUAGCUCAAAAGGGUGUUUCUAUAUUUAGUCAAAGGUCUGAAUACUUACGGAUGUGUGAUUAUUUCAUGUCCAUGCCCGUUUUCCAAGGCGCUUAUCCUCACAAGGGUCGCAGGAGUGCUGGACCCAAUCCUGAUCCCAGCUAACUUCAGGUAAAAAGCAGAGUAGACCAUGAACUGGGCACCAGUCAGUUACAGGGCACAAAACGACACUAUCACUGAGGGGUCAUCGAUCGCUAGCUGUCCACACCAAAGUCACUACAUCAUCAUUGGCACUGAGAUAUUUCAGUUUGUCCUUUUUAGCAAAUCAGAACAUCCCACCACCCCCAGACAUUAUGGGUUACCAUAUGUACAAUAAUGUGGAAAACAAUUAACUUCAAUGGUUUUAGCAAAUAGCUUCAAUAUAAAAGAGUGAAAAAUUUAAAGGGGUCUGAACACUUUCUGUACCCACUAAACGUGUUUGCAGCCGAGAGCAGAUGUUGACAGUUUAGUCCCUGAUGUUAUAACAUUGUUUUCAAAUGCAUCACGUGGAAUACCUUAUUCCUAAAUUUGUAAUACCUGAACACACCAGUCUUUAAAAAAUAAUUUUAAAUUGACAUCACGAAUACAAAUGAUAAGGAAGCCAUUGAGCGAAAUUGUGAAAAACCCCUGUAAUGCUCCCGUACCUCAGCACACCAUUAUGCACCCCUGUCAAGGGCGCAUAAUGGUGUGGUCCACACAGUUGCGGUUGGGCUGUUUGUGUAUAGACUCUCCCUCCUCGGUCUCCCAUCAGGCUGCUGAGCGGCACGCUCAUUUACAGUAGCACGGAACUUCCUAACGACAAGGUGCAUUGUCUGUAUUGGUACUUGGGAAAAGGAUUUUUUUUUUUUAACCGAGGUUGACUCUUGAAUACCUGACCUAUUUAUAUACUUAUUUUUAACAGCCUUUACGCUGGGGUUUGGAGAAUACUGUAUACGUCGCGAAGAAGUUUGUGUAUAUCGCCGCUACCCCCCGUUCCUCCCUCCCACCCUUCGAGGAAAAGCAGACCUUAAUGAAGAUGGUUUGGGGGUAGAUUCAUGGCUUUCGAGAUCGAAUUGGAACGGAUCAAGGUGGGGGGAAACUUCACUCGCAGGGGACUGCUCUGGACUGCCACUGCGCACUGUCUGCGCAACAGAACAAGAUGCGCCUGUUGAGCACGUCGUGCUGGUCUGAAGAGGUAGAAAUCCGGAGGAAUCCAUUGUCGUUGGGUGUGAUGUAUUUACUUUUGCUCCUUGCUGUUAUACUGUCCUGUCAAGGCUGCCCAGACAAAUGCGCAUGCACCUUGCAAACGGUAAAAUGUCAAAACCAGGACUUGCACGCAAUUCCGCCUUUCAUACCUGCCAAUUCUAAGUUACUUUUGAUCACAGGAAACAACAUUUCCAGCAUCAAUGAGGACUCUUUUCCAAGCCACCUGGAAUUAUUAACAGAGCUUGAUCUCAGUGACAAUGGGAUGGAGGCUGUGCAGGAAAUGGUCUUUAAAAACUUGCCAAACCUAGAGCGGCUGGAUCUGAGCAGCAAUAAAAUCAAAAAAAUCAGCGAAAAGGCUUUUCCACCUGAGAACAAAUUGCAGGUGUUGAAUCUAAGCAGGUCUUUUCACAAUCAUUCCUCUGUGAAUGAGCUCUUGAACAUCCUAGAGAAUGGAAAGCUCUUCCAGCUGACAGUCUUGGACCUGUCCCACAAUCCCCUUGUGCUUCUGCCACAUGACGUUUUCAGAGGUUUAUCCAAUCUGGUCAACCUCAGCCUGCAGAACAGCUCCAUCGUCUCCAUCCCCGAUGGGAUACUGAAGGUGCCACGACUCCAAGACCUUGACCUGAGGUACAACAGUCUCAGGACUCUUCCUUCCACCACCCUGAGUGAGUUCAGCCUGAAGCCAGACCUUCAUAUUCGCUUAGAAGGGAACCCCUGGCAUUGUGACUGUUUUAUUGUGGACAUGCUCGUGUGGCUGAAGAACUCCACCCGUGUCACAGACAUGAUGAAUCUGACCUGUGCGGACCCUGAGCGUCUGAGGCGCCGGCCACUAGUGCAGGUGGAGCAGUUCCAGCUGAAGUGUUUGGGCAACAUGGAGGGCGUACUAGAGACUUCGUAUGUUUUCCUGGGUUUGGUGCUUGCACUGAUUGGCAUCAUAUUCCUGUUGGUGCUCUACCUGAACCGCAAAGGCAUCAAGCGCUGGAUGUACAACAUCCGGGAUGCUUGUAGGGACCACAUGGAGGGAUAUCAUUACAGGUAUGAAAUAAACUCUGACCCACGUUUAGCCAAUCUAAGCAUCAAUUCAGAUGUCUGAGCAAAGAUUGAGCUGUUAUCUGGAACCCCCAGUGAGACAUUAAGAUGACUUUAUAGCACUUAAAGUUGCAUGAGUCUUCCCGCCUACGUUGUUGUGGCUCCUAAUGAACCCUUUUAGCGCCUAACUUGUUCAGCUAUACUGCUGCAUGUUCUCUACCUGGCACCUCUAAUAUAGCCUGGUGUCCUUUUUUCCUCACUUGUGAUCAAUCAUGAUGACAGGCUGAAAAGAUUGACAUGCUCCAUGUUUACUCCAC